AGUUACAGCCGGGAUGGAAUUAAAGGCGUUAUAAAGUGAGGUUAGGCCAGGAUUUUGAGGAAAAUCUCGGGGUUAAAAGACAUUCUGGAUGAAUUUGUCCAUUAAUUACCUGUGACAGGGUAUUGGGCAGUGAAUUGACUAAUUACCUUUCACUUGGAAGCUGAUAAGGAUGAUGAAAAGCCACUUAACGAAAGGACAAAGCACCGGCUGGCAAAUCAAUACACGUCACUCAUAUUGACGUCUCACCGAAAAGUGUACAUUUCUGGGGAAGACUGAGAGUGUCCCUUUUUGGUGCGAUUUCUGGACAAUUCCGGGCAUCUAAGCAGGAUAUUUUAGUUGGGAAAAGGUUCAGUGGUAGUGUGAGAAUGAAUAUAUUCAGAUUAGCUGGUGAUUUGUCACAUUUGCUGGCAAUAAUAGUGCUAUUGAUGAAGAUAUGGAAGACACGCUCAUGUGCUGGCAUUUCCGGAAAGUCUCAAAUCCUGUUCACUGUCGUCUACGUGGCCAGGUAUUUGGAUCUCUUCACCACCUACAUCAGUCUGUACAAUACUGUGAUGAAGAUGUUUUUCCUGGUGGCCUCUGGGAUGACUGUGUACUUAAUGUACGUGAAAUUUCGCGCCACGUACGAUCACAAUCACGAUUCCUUCCGGAUUGAGUUUCUCCUCAUCCCAGCUGCCAUUCUUUCGCUCCUCAUCAAUCACAGCUUCACAGUGCUGGAGAUUCUCUGGACAUUCUCCAUCUAUUUGGAGUCUGUGGCCAUUCUGCCACAAUUGUUCCUGGUGAGCAAGACGGGCGAGGCUGAAACCAUCACAAGUCACUACUUGUUCGCCCUGGGCUCCUACAGGGCACUCUAUCUCAUCAAUUGGGUCUAUCGCUACGUCACCGAGGGUCACUAUGAUUGGAUUGCAAUCAUGGCCGGAGCCGUGCAGACCAUUCUCUACUGCGAUUUCUUCUACUUGUACAUUACCAAAGUCCUGAAAGGCAAGAAACUCCAACUUCCUGCAUAAAUUCGCGUGACAUUCAUCACCACCGAAGGAUAAUAAAAAAAACUUUGAAGUAUAAUUGAAAAGAAAAAGGAAAAAUUCCUCAAGGAAGCAGCGCAAAUAAUUAAUCGUAUUACAAUUUCUAUUUGCCAGCAUUAAUUUUUUUUUGUGUUUUUAUUUCAAAAGAAAAUUUGAGAAAAAUCGUAAUAUAAAAAAAAGACGGAGGAGAUGUUUAAGUAAAAAAAAAACCAAUAUUAAUAAAAAAAACUUAGAUGGACGCGAGUUAGCUAUUAAUAAAAAAAGGAGUUAAUAAUAAUAAAAAAGUGGAAAGGAUGAAAAAUCUCCGGAGAGACUUGUGUUUCAUUUUCUAAAGACAAUCUUCUUGAUGGUGAACCGAGGAGUUUUAUGCUUCUGAGGAGGCUCAGUCUUGUCCGGAGGUUGAUCUUCCUUCAUCUCGCCACUGGGAAGAUUGUCUCUGGAGGAUGUUUGUGCAUUAGAAUCUAAAUAUACAUCUACAGGACAA